GAUGGGAACUUCGUCUCUCUCGUUUCGCGCUGUCUUUCAAGGAUCUGGACAUUGCGGCUGCAAUUUCUCCACUUGGAACAAAGACGGGCCAGCUCCAUUGCGAGUGUGGUGAUUCCUUUCGUCUCUUGUUUGUGUACAGGUCUUAGUAAGCGGCUUUGAGGAUUCGUGGUUUGCGAAUUUGGACGAGUUUCUGUGUUUGAGUACUUGACCUUGUUCUCUAAGAUUUUGAUUAGGGCAUCACAAUUGGCGACUCAUCUCUCAAGACCUGACACUGCUACAGCGCAUAGAUACUCAGUUUCGAAGCCUUGGAACUGCUGAGUCAGUUUCAUUGUUCCUUCUGGGUUUUGUAGGAUGUGUAUGCUGAGGUUCAGGGGUUCUAAACCCUAAACCCUUGGAUUGCUUUGUUUUACUUUUUUUAUGCUCUUGUAGGUUUUAAGACGUAGGCUCGCUAUGGCGGGUCCGUUGCCAGUGAAAGGGACAGAGAUCUCUUCUGCACCAUGUUCUGUAAAAAAAGCUGCGGCGCUGCUCCGCCGUUUCUUGUCCAGCGAGGCAGCAUCGGAGGUUGGAAUUGCUAAAGGUUACGUUGAGGCUGUCUCUCAAUCUUUAGAGGAGAUGUUGAUGAGGAGAAAGGAAAAUUUUGGGAACGCUAGGGAGGACGUGGAGUUGAAAACUGCAGAGCGUACUUCUAAGUUUUUUAAUGUCGAACAGGUUGAGAAAAUUCCAGACGUUAAGAAGAAAUCUAGAGAAGAGAAAAAGUCGAAGAAGGCGAAGAAAGAAGAUCAAACAACCUUUAAUUUUGAGGCACUUCUGGGACAUGAGUUAGAUGGUGCAGAGGCAGGAGAGCUGGCCAACGGAGGACUGAGUUUUGAGGAGAAGCCUGCUGUUACUGAAAUGCUGCCAAGCACUCCGAGGCAAACUGAUGGCGUAGACGGUGCCCGAGAAUCUCAGAAGAGUGAGAAGCGGAAGAAGAAGAAGCUUAAACAGGGUACGGAUGGAGCGGCAAUGGACGUGGACACGGAAGGGUUGCACUCAGACAUCAAGACUGAGUUUGCUGUGGGUAGCGACUCGGACACCAUGAAAACUGCGAAGAAAAAGAAGAAGAGUAAGAGUGUAGAUGGGGUGGUUUCUAAUGGACUUCAUGCGUCACUAGAUACACCUGCGAAGGUAGUUAAGGUAGAAGAAGGCGCUGUGCAAGACGAGGAUGAGGAUAUGAAACCGGCAGAUAGCAGCAGGAAGAAGAAGAAGAAGAAGAAAAAACACCGAGGCGAUAUUUUACAAGGAGGAACUCCAGUGAAGGAAGAAUUUCAAGAGCUCUUUGCUUUGGGUAUGCAGUUGUUACGGCGUUGAAUUCCUAAGAGAGUGCUGUGAGUUUCAAGCUGUAAGUGUUCAUUCAAUCCGAGGAUGUAGACGAGUUCACUAGGGACAAUUUGGAAGGUGGUAACCGAUUUGAGGUUUGGGAGUUGACUUUGCACGCAGAAUAUCUGUGCUCAGUGUGAAUAGCACGUCGUUAAACCUAAGGGUUGCUUGGAUAAAAUGCAUUUGAACGAGGUUUCCAGGUUUGGUUCAAUUUAAGCUGCGUAUCCUUUCAUGGGUGUUUGUCGAAUCCUUUACAUAACAAUCCGCUCAAUGAACUUUACCAUGUUUCCUUUUCCUUAUUUGCUUAUUUAGUCUAUGAUAAGGACUUGAUACCAUUUUGUUUUCCGAGUUUCUGCGUGCGAAGGAAUAUAAAUCCGAGCCUUUGGAUGCAUUAUAAGUUUA